AUGGUAAAUACGUCGGAUACUUCCAAGGCGGUGGCACCUACGACCAGCCACGGUUCCCAUGAGAAACUUCGUUGUAUCACCGACACCACAAACUUCAUAGACAACAGGUUUGUCCCUUCACAAGCCACAGAAUGGUUUGAGGUCAAGGAUCCGGCAACAAACUAUCUUGUCACAAGAGUUCCCCAAUCUACCCAGGCCGAGCUCGAGACAGCUGUCGCCUCUUGUCAGAAUGCGUUUCCUGCCUGGAAGGCGACCUCCAUCAUGCGACGGCAGCAAGUAAUCUUCAAGCUGACGCAUCUGAUACGCGAAAACAUGGAUCGCAUCGCUCGCGUCAUCACCCUGGAGCAGGGGAAAACUUUUGCCGAUGCAAAAGGGGAUGUCCUACGCGGUCUACAGGUGUGCGAAACCGCGUGCGGCAUAACCACGCAGAUUACGGGCGAGGUCAUUGAAGUGUCCAAGGACAUGGAAACGCGCUCGUAUCGAGAGCCCUUGGGCGUGACGGCCGCGAUUUGCCCGUUCAAUUUCCCCGCUAUGAUUCCGCUGUGGUCACUGCCCUUGGCUCUGGUCACCGGCAACACUCUUCUUCUCAAGCCUUCCGAACGCGAUCCAGGGGCUGCGAUGGUAAUUGCAGAGCUGUGCGCGGAAGCGGGGGUACCACCGGGCGUGCUGAACGUCGUCCAUGGUGCACACGACACGGUGAACUUCAUCCUCGACAACCCUGUUAUCAAAGCGGUCUCGUUCGUUGGAUCGAAUAGAGCCGGCGAAUACGUCUACACCCGCGGAACCGCGCAGGGAAAAAGAGUGCAGGCCAACCUCGGGGCUAAGAAUCACGCUGCCCUGCUCCCUGACUGCAAUAAAAACCACGCGUUGGCGGCGAUCGUGGGCGCAGCGUUUGGAGCUGCCGGUCAGCGCUGCAUGGCUCUUUCUGCACUUGUCCUCGUCGGUGAGACCAAGAGCUGGAUUCCACAGCUGGUCGAAAGGGCGUGUCAGCUGAAGAUAAACGGCGGUUUCGAGAAGGACGCCGACUUGGGACCGCUGAUAUCGCCAGAGUCGAAAAAGCGAGCUGAAGACCUGAUUGCGAGCGCGGAGGCCGAGGGCGCCACCAUCGUGCUGGACGGACGUGGCAAGAAGCCUGCCGACAAGAACUUCGCGCGCGGGAAUUGGCUCGGACCAACCAUCAUAGCGAACGUAAAACCGAGCAUGAGAUGCUACCGCGAGGAGAUCUUUGGUCCCGUGCUGGUGUGCUUGAGCGUCGACACGAUCCAGGACGCAGUCGACCUGAUCAACAACAACGAAUACGGCAACGGGGCCGCGGUGUUCACCAACUCCGGGUCUGUCGCGACUCUCUUCCAACGAUCGCUGGAGACCGGCCAGAUCGGCAUAAAUGUGCCCAUCCCGGUGCCUCUCCCCAUGUUCUCCUUCACGGGAAACAAGAGGUCCGUCGCCGGGACGGGCGUAAGCAACUUCUACGGCAAGGAUGGCAUCCGCUUUUACACGCAGUGGAAGACGGUCACGAGUCUGUGGCGUGCCGAGGACGCUCACAGAACGGAAAAGCAGGUCGUGAUGCCUAGAAUUUAGUAUGUAUCCAGCCGAGACGUUGUUACUAUGCACGCGGCCAGCGACGAGAGUGAUCUGGGUCAGAACGUGAUCCAAUAUACGCAACGGUGACGUGCAUUUCGCCCCGAGAUGCAGGGAGCAUCUAGAACGAUUGACUCUGGUCCUAGCAGGGCUUCGCUGUUGGUCACGAUCCAAGGAUGUCUGUCAAGUUCUAGCCGUUAUUAGAUAGAG